AUGCUAUAUAUACCGGGCAUACAUGUGAUACAGGUAGGUGUUGAUCUGUCUUAUAUAUGUGUGACUGCACAGAGACUGGGUAUACUGGGCAUAUAUGUGAUACAGGUAGGUAUUGAUCUGUCUUCUAUAUGUGUGACUGCACUGAGACUGGGUACACUGGGCACACAUGUGAUACAUGUAGGUGUUGAUCUGUCUUCUAUAUGUGUGACUGCACAAAGACUGGGUAUACUGGGCAUAUAUGUGAUACAGGUAGGUAUUGAUCUGCCUUCUAUAUGUGUGACUGCACAGAGACUGGGUAUACUGGGCAUAUAUGUGAUACAGGUAGGUAUUGAUCUGUCUUCUAUAUGUGUGACUGCACAGAGACUGGGUACACUGGGCAUACAUGUGAUACAGGUAGGUGUUGAUCUGUCUUCUAUACAUGUGACUGCACAGAGACUGGGUAUACUGGGCACACAUGUGAUACAGGUAUGUGUUGAUCUGUCUUAUAUACAUGUGACUGCACAGAGACUGGGUAUACUGGGCAUAUAUGUGAUACAGGUAGGUAUUCAUUUUUCUUCUAUACAUGUGACCGCACAGAGACAGGGUAUACUGGGCAUACAUGUGAUACAGGUAGGUAUUGAUCUGUCUUCUAUACGUGUGACUGCACAGAGACAGGGUAUACUGGGCAUAUAUGUGAUACAGGUAGGUAUUGAUCUGUCUUCUAUACAUGUGACUGCACAGAGACUGGGUAUACUGGGCAUAUAUGUGAUACAGGUAGGUAUUGAUCUGUCUUCUAUACAUGUGACUGCACAGAGACAGGGUAUACUGGGCAUACAUGUGAUACAGGUAGGUAUUGAUCUGUCUUCUAUACGUGUGACUGCACAGAGACAGGGUAUACUGGGCAUAUAUGUGAUACAGGUAGGUAUUGAUCUGUCUUCUAUACGUGUGACUGCACAGAGACAGGGUAUACUGGGCAUAUAUGUGAUACAGGUAGGUAUUGAUCUGUCUUCUAUACAUGUGACUGCACAGAGACUGGGUAUACUGGGCAUAUAUGUGAUACAGGUAGGUAUUGAUCUGUCUUCUAUACAUGUGACUGCACAGAGACAGGGUAUACUGGGCAUACAUGUGAUACAGGUAGGUAUUGAUCUGUCUUUUAUACAUGUGACUGCACAGAGACUUGGUAUACUGGGCAUACAUGUGAUACAGGUAGGUAUUGAUCUGUCUUCUAUACGUGUGACUGCACAGAGACAGGGUAUACUGGGCAUAUAUGUGAUACAGGUAGGUGUUGAUCUGUCUUCUAUACGUGUGACUGCACAGAGACAGGGUAUACUGGGCAUAUAUGUGAUACAGGUAGAUAUUGAUCUGUCUUCUAUACAUGUGACUGCACAGAAACUGCUGAGUAUACUGGACUUAUAUAUGAUACUAGUAGGUAUUGAUCUGUCUUCUACUGGUGUGACUGCUCAGAGACGGUACACUGGGCAUAUAUGUGAUACCGGAAGGAAUUGA